AUGAUCGAUGCGGAUCCUGAUUAUUCUGCCGACUUUGCGAUUGCGCUUGCUGCCAUCACCACAUACAGUGCUGUGAGUAGCACACACAUGCGAGUCGUUACGCUAUCGGGCGACAGACUUCACGAAAUCACGCGUGAUCUGUUCGGACACUUCUCGACACCCCGAGAAUUCAUCAUACCAGAUGAGAGUCGCGAUGGGUUUACGGCCGUUGAGAUCCCUGAAGAACAGACCACCUCUGAGGCGCUCUUCGAGUUUGCCAAUACAUUGGAUGCCAGUUUCCCGCAGACAUGCUUGCGAUACACCGAGGAUGAUACCUCUUGGCUGAUCAAUCCGUCUAUGGACUGCGAGCGCAGUGAAGAAUGGGUGAGACAAUGGAACGAGACCAUUCUUACUCCCUCAGACCAACAUCUCAUCCAGGACUUCAUCAAGCCUCAACCCAUCCACCCUGGCGGCAUGUUGCUGACCGUACCACCAAGUUUCCGAUAUGCCACUAAAAUCAGCUGUCCUGGCCAGGUCAUUGUUGUUACGAGCAAUACUUGCUGCCGAAAGAUUUUCGACCUCGUCACUAGACAGAUCGUCGAUGUCACGCUCAGGACAUCUUUAUCAGAGCGAAACAGCCAAGCAAACCUGGUUCAUCGCAUUGCCGCGCCAGCACAGAAUAUACAUAUUCUAAUGCGGCCCGAUUACUUGACGAAAUGCCCCCCUACCACGCGCCGCAUGAGAAUACUGAACGACCAAUUGGGUGGAUUUCUCACUGGUUUGACACAAUUCGAUCACCGGAGUCAGUACAUGUCAGUUCUGCUCUGGUUACUGACGGGUUACAUGGACAACCACCACAUGGUUGUGACGGACAUGAUGAAUCGCCUUGUCUCACAGCAGCUAUGCGACUGGGCAAGCUCAGAUUCACAGCUUUCCCUCAAAGUUGAGAAUCCAAAGGUAUACUACACGUUACUUGACGAAGUCGAUUACAACCAUCACAUCGCCUAUUUUCUUUCAAUCCCAUCGGAUGAUUCGUGGAUCAACAUGAUCAAGGUCAAGAUCGCUUCCGCCCUCGCAAGCGGCUAUCCAGACACGGUGCUUUUGAGUGGAGCGGCGAGGUUGGGCUUAGCGCAUAGCCGCGAAUCGUUGACAGAUGUCACUGAGACAAUCGCUGCUUUCCUCCAACAAGAUUCGGCCAACGGAGUAGUUACCAAAUUCAACCAUUAUGGUACUGUCUGGGCCUCCGUCAGUGUCAUCGAUGCCCCUAUACACCAAUUUGUCCCGGCUGGCAUCAAGACCAUACAUGUGGCCAAUGGCUAUAUUUUAGUCAAUAUGACCCAUCGCACAGAGGCGGAGAAUAGUUUCCGUACUUUGCGAUCUUUGCUGGUCGACAAUUCGAUCACAGUUGGCGACCCUACACCACUGAGGAUCCUCAAAAAACCCGAGUACUUGGUCAUCUGCGAGCAUUUGCUCCUUGCCUUUGCCCACCAGGUCGCCGUCGUCGAUUUCUCAACUGGGGACACUGUGUUUCAUGAUCAUCUGUCAGGCGUCAAACUCGAUUUCAGUCCUGAAGUCAAAGUUCUCGUUAGUUUUGCAGCAGUCAAAAAGCACACAGGUGCGGAUCGUGCCUUCGGUGUGUAUACAUCGUUGGUCCGUAUGAGGGACGGUCGAACGGCUGUUCGUGACUGGAACUGGAUUCCGCCUCAAGUGUGGAACAAAUGGAGCGACAAAUUGGAGUUGUACACCGGAAGGAAGCCAAAUGAUCUUUGGCCAUUGCCUCCUCCCAGAUACAAUGAAGGCGAGACCAUUGGUGUAAAGUUAAAGAAAUAA